UGCCCCGGAGACGCAGUAUACUGUGCGCUGGGGCCCGCACAGCUCCCGGUCAGCAUGAGCCAGACGGUGACUCACAACGUGGCCCCCUCGGGCCCUUACCGAGCGAACCGGCCAUUCGACUUUCUGUACGACCCUCUGUACACCGUGUCUAGUGAGAGAGAUCAUGUACAGGCAAACAUCAGAGCACGCGUGUCGUAUGACCGCAUGCAAAAGGUGUCCGAGUUCCCGACUUUGUUCAGCGAGCUGGUCCACUGGCCACGAAUCACCCUGCGCCUGCAGCUCCAGGACCCCGUGCCGCAGUUUAUUGACCGCCGAUGGAGGGGGCCAGAAGGUCAGAGGUCAAAUGCUCUGAAGCAGCUGGCUGGAUCUCAGACUUCGGGUCCCCAUCCAGUCCCCCGACACGGAGAUGUUUCUGGGAGAGACCGGUACAAGUUUUUUGAGAGGCCGCUCGUACCGUUCACCCAGCAGAUGGCACCAAACGUGCUGCUAGCCGUCCCACGAGCCGAGCCGAGCCCCCGCAGCCCGCGAGCGCCCACUCCUCUGGUCCGUACAGUGGGGAUUCAGACUGAUUACCGGGACAGCGAGGCUCAGACGGACCCCUACAGCCCCGAGUAUGUGCUGCGUCCCGGCUCUGUGCCUGAACUACUCACCCUCGCCAAUCUCACCUGGGGCCGCGGCCUCCCAGCCGGGGUGGCAGAAGUGGAGAUGAUAGAGAGAGCUCGGGAGAAAAGGGCCUGGGAAGCCGCGCUGCCCCCCCUGAGCGACGUCUCCCAGCUGGAGAAGAGGAGGAAGAUGAUGGAGGAGCAGGAGAGGAAGGAGUGGGCUUUCCGGGAAAGCGAGAUCGAGAAGCUGCAGCAUGCGCGGCUGGAGGUGCUGAAGGCUCUGCUGCAGAAACGUGCGAAGGCGCAGGGGGAGAUGGAGGAACAGAGGCUGGACUCUCGCUGGGCCCGACUACAGAAGGAGAAAGAGGACAAAGUCAAGCAAAUCCGGAAAGAGCACAUUCGGGCGAUCCGGAAGCUGACAAAAAGCGCGGAGAACGUGGAGGGCCGGCGGGAGAGACGCGACGUGAUCCACGAUUACUCCGAUCACGCCUCUCAGAGCCACGCGCCGCUCUCCAGAGUCGGCUACUUCCCCGACCGAAGCUCUGAAAACUACGUGGUGAAAAGCUCUUUCCUGAACUCGUACCAGGGGUUACUGGAUCUAGAGGCAAGCCUUCCAGACUUUGUGACCCAGCCGCGUAUUCGGGUUCCCAAACCCAGAACUGCCACCAAGGACGGCUUCCUGAAGCGAGCAGCUGCGCGCGACCGGGAGCUGGAGCAAGUCCACAAGGCUCUCCUGGCGAAGAAACACGCGGCGGAGGAGCCCAAGAAGCCGCUUCGCUUCCUGCAGAAGAUAGAGAAGCCGGCGCCUCGGCCCGCCACGCCUAAAUCGGAGCCGCCACCGGAGGGCGACGAGGAGAGAGAACUCGCUGUCAUCUUCUUGCAGAAAUUAAUUCGGGGGCGAGCCGUACAGAACAUGAUGUUUGAAGGAAAGGAGAAGCGCGUGGAGCUGAUCCGGGAGCUGCGCAUGACGCAUGCCCUGCAGGAGGACCGGCAGCUCCAGAAGCACGAAGAGGAGCGGCUCGUCCGGAGCCUUCAGCGGGAGCGAGAGAUGAAUGAACACGAGAGAGCCGCAGAAGACGAGCCGCUCUCCGCGCUGGAGGGCGAGGUUCUCUCCGACGCGUUCGACUUCCUCUCCAAAGAGCUGGUGAGGCUGCAGGAGGAGCGGCGCAUUCAUGCCUUCGCCAUGCUGGCCGAGCGACGCAGGCGCGUCCGGGAGGCAGAAGAGAGCGGAAGGAGGCAGGCGGAGGAGAGACGCCGGAGAGAGGAGGACGAGAUCUUCAGAAAGGUGGUUAAUAUCCAUCAAAGCACCGUGGACUCGUAUCUGGAGGACAUCAUUCUCCGGGCCGCCGACCGCACGGCCGAGGAGCAGACCCGCGAGGAGAUCCAGCGCAAGGCAGAGGAGAUCAAUGACAUCGCGUACGAGAUGGAGAGCAGACGCACUCGCAUGCAGUCGGAAGAAAUCGUGGCCGAGCUGGUUUACAGUUUCCUGAUCCCUGAGGUCCAGAAGACGCAUGCGCGGGAGAGAGUGAGGAAGUCGCAGCGGAGACACAUUGAAGCUGCGCAUCGUGUUAUUCACCAGGACACGGAGACCCUUCUGAGUCCGACGGCAGGGCCCGGGGGGCCGUCUGGCACCGAGAAUGACCUGGGUGGCCCGUCUGACAGCGCGAGGACACAAGAGGAGGAGGCAGAGUGACACCGCAGCGCUGUACAAUGUGCCGUUGGCAGGAGACUCGCUGGAGUCCGGCGGCCGAUCUUUGAUUAUUAAAAAAACACCUGAAAAGGAAAAACCAAGGAAUAAACUUUUUAUCCCC